AUGAUUCAUACUGGAAAGUGGAUCGAUCAGCAGCAAGCAGAGCUGCAACAAGUCACAGCGCAGCAGGUGGCGAUUUCGAAUAAAAUACUGUACUUGACACUCAGAUAUCCUUCUAGCAGAAAGCUCCUUCUACUCGAAGGAUCCCUCCAAGGAGUUUUCGCAUUUGCCGGCGUACAUUUGCACUGGAGCUCGGAGUACACCAUCGAUCAGAAGCAGUUUCCCAUUGAGAUGCACAUCGUGUUUUAUAAUCCAAAGUACACAUCGGUUGAAGAAGCUGAGUUUCACGAAAAUGGAUUAGCAGUUGUAGGAUACUUCUUUACCAAUAACAGUAGUGCGAAAUCCGGACGAUAUGGAUCGAUUCAAUAUAUGAAUUUGGGGAAAAUUAUCGGAACGGAUAUGGGCGAAUAUUUUGUUUAUUUGGGCAGCCUAACAACACCUCCCUGUUACGAAACUGUCACCUGGAUCAUCCGGAAGAAACCAUUGCUAAUAUCUAACAUGCAGCUGAGACACAGAGAAGACAUACAUAGUUAUCUGAAAGAACCAUCAAUUACUCAAAUAGUUUAUAGUAACUUUUAUCCAUGUCCUUAA